AUGCCCAACGACGAGCUCCUUACAGACGACUAUGUGGCCGAUCUGCUGGCCCAAGAGGCCAACGACUGCUCGAUAAAGUACUCCGCAAUGGGAUUGGAGGCUUUCAACACCAAGAACAAGCCGUCCAACGUACCGAAACCGAAUACGAGGUUCCUCAGAAACAUCAUCAAGGAUACGGAUUCGCACAACAAGGCGCUACUGGCCAAGGAAGCGGCCGAAUCCAAAGCGAGGCUCCGGGACUUGGAGCGCGCCGACCAAGCGAAGCGACGAAAGGCAAAUCCCACAGAUGGAGAUGUGCGGAGGCGGCAGCUGGGCAACAUUCAAUCUAUUCUUGGUGGAUCGAGGCACAAACGGGACGACAACACAAGACGAGCAGACGACGACGAAAAGUCAAGGAAUAGGGGCGACGGCGACCGCUCUUCGCGCAGAACGUCGCAUCGAGAAAGGGACACCGACAGCGAUCGUCGCAAGGCGAGGAAAGACUAUGGACGAUUGUCGCGCAGUCCCGAGAGCGACGAGCGAAGGAGUCACCACGAAGAUCGACCGCGGAGCUCACGCAAAAGACAUCGCGACAAUUCCACCGAGGAUAAACACAGGCAUGGUCGCCGCCGCCACAGGUCCCGGUCGAGGUCACCCCGCCAUCGACACCGCUCGCGGUCGCCUCGGACCAAGAAAAGCAAGCAUCGGAGUCGCUCUCCCUUGCCUGCGGAGAAGCGCUCACCGAGAGAUUUGCAUAGCAGAAACGACGGCGACGAUUCAGAUCCUCUGGAAGAAAUCAUUGGGCCUGCACCACCUCCCAAGUACCGCGGCCGCGGGACCGUCGCAGGGACUUCCAGCCUCGAUCGGCGAUUCUCCGAGUCGUACGAUCCAAGCACGGAGGUGCUGCCGGAGGAGGAGGCGGGAGACUGGGACGAUGCAGUGGAGGCUUUUAGGGACCGCCAAAAGCUGCGUCGGAUGCAGGACGAGCGGAUGAAAGCCGCAGGUUUCGCUGAUCACCAGAUUCAGAGGAUCAACAACAGUCAACGAGAGAAGACAGAGGAAGGCGUGGUGUGGUCCAAGGCUGGAGAGGAGAGGGCGUGGGAUCGAGGGAAGAGGGACGAUGAAGAUGGUGAUGGCGACAUUAUCUUGCGCGGUAUCCUGUCGGAAGAUUCAUGA